AUGUGGAAAGUGAUUCGAACAUGUAUUCCCAAGAAAACUACUGGAAAGAAGUCAUUCAGUAAUGAUGAUAAAUCUGUCGCAAAUAACUUUAAUGAAUUUUUUACAGCUCUCGGUUCAAACACUGUCAUGAAAAUUAAAUCACUUGCUAAAGAAAAUAAUUACACUCCCUCCCAAUUACCAUUUCUCCCAGCCAGUUACACCGAGUCGGAUCAGUUUACCUUUGAACCCGUGGAAUGUUCCUUAGUAGAAUAUAUUGUGAAGUCAAUGCCUGAUAACAAGGCACCAGGAAUAGAUAAAGUACCUAUUCGCGUUAUCAAGGACUGUCUUCCCGUUAUUGCACCAUGGAUUACCUCCAUCAUAAACAAAUCGUUAGUCAACAAUAUUUUUCCAAGUGCUUGGAAAAUUGCUGAAGUAAUCCCCAUUCUGAAAGAAGGUGAUCAUGAGCAAGCCAAUAACAACAGACCAAUUUCCCUCCUACCCGUUCUUAAUAAGGUAUGCGAGAGAGUAGCACUCAAUCAACUAACCUCCUACCUAACCAUCAAUCGUCGCCUCUCUCACUCUCUGUGCAUCAGAGUGGCAACAUAACCUGGCACCUAACAGAAACCUCCCUCAUCCAUUCCACCAACUCCAUUCUCAAAGCAAUCGACCAGAAGAAAGUCACAGCAGUUAUUCUUUUGGACAUGAGUAAAGCUUUUGACAGCAUUAAUCACAAUAUACUUCUUGCUAAAUUGGAGGAUGUUGGCGUUUCAUCUUCAUGCCUGACUUGGUUUAGAAGUUAUCUGAGCGAAAGAUAUCAAGCAGUACGCAUAAAUUCUACUCUAUCUGAGAAAUUGCCAGUGGUUAGUGGUGUCCCACAAGGAAGUAUUCUCGGUCCGUUGCUGUUCAGUAUUUAUGUCAAUGAUCUACCGUCGGCCACUAAAACGUGUUCCUCUGAAUCGUAUGUUGACGGUGCUAAACUCCUUCUGUCCUUCCAUAUCAAUGACUCUAAUGCUGCUCUGGUUGAACUGAAUGAAGACUUAAUUAGAAUUCGAAAUUGGUGUUUCGACAACCUGCUCUUACUCAACCCAGGCAAGACCAAAUUGAUGGUCUACGGAAGUCGUCAAAUACUCGCAUGGCUACCUGAAUUUAGACUCUCGCUACUCGGUAAAGAACUAACACCUGCUGCAACAGUCAAAGAUCUGGGAGUUACGUUUGACCCAAUCCUCUCUUUCGACAACCAUAUCCUUUCCACCGUCUCGUCCUGCAAAUCAAGCCUCUGUCAGAUAAAUGAGCUAAACACGCCUUCAAUAAAAAUAUGUUAG